UUACCUUUUUCCCCGUUUUUUGCCCCAUUCCCAGGCCUGGUGUCCUCGGAGCCGGCCAGCCUGGAGCACCUCCUGUCCCAGCCCGGGGGCGGCUCCGUGGCCGUGAUCGCGCUGGGCGGGCCCCCGGAGGCGCUGGAGGCGCGGCCCGGGGCGCUGCGGCUGCAGCUGCUGCGCCGGAGGGGCUUCGUCAGGAUCGCCCUCAGGCACGGGGCCCCGCUGGUGCCGGUGUUCAGUUUUGGGGAGAACGAGCUGUUCCGGCAGGUGCCGAACCCGCCGGGCUCGCGGCUGCGGCGCCUCCAGGCGCGGCUCCAGCGCCUCAUGGGGGUGGCGCUGCCGCUGUUCCACGCGCGCGGCGUCUUCCAGUACAGCUUCGGCCUGCUGCCCUUCCGCCGGCCCAUCCACACCGUGGGUGAGGGAACUGGGGAGAAAAACACCAAAAUCGGGAAAAAACAAAAAAAACCCGGCGAAAAAAUAUGGAAGUAUGGCGAAAAUAUG